UGACAUUGACAGUGACAGAAAUUUAAAAUAAAAACAAAAUAGAAUUAUGGAAUAAAACUAUUAUCGAAAAUUAAAUAACUAACAGGAAGUAAAGUAAAAGAAACUAUAAGUGAUGUCGGGUUUUAGCGGGGAGGACCUUCUUAAAGUGUUUAAAGAAUUAAAUAUAGGAUUACUGCAUUUAAAUCCAAAUGUUGUUAAAGCUUGGUUUGAUACAGAUGAUACCAAUAUGAAAAACUUGUUAAACUGGAUGUGUGUAUCGCUUUCUCAAGGAAACUACAUAUCACAUCAAGAAGUUUCAGAAUAUGAUGCUAUUGAAGCACCUCUCACAAAUGAAGAAUUAGAGGUUGAAAAAGAUGAAAUAGAAAACAGAUAUCCUGGUAUAUUUGAUGCAGAAUAUAAUUCAUUGGAAAUUGAGUUUCUAGAAGAAGAUUUUAUUUUGGCUUGUCGCCAAGAAAGGGAAUUAAGCCAAGCAAUUGCUUAUAACAGAGACUUGGAAGAAAAACUUAAAAAUGAUCUUACUCAAAAAGUGAAAGAAGAAAUUGAAUCAUCAGUAAAAUUAAAAACAAUGCAGGAAAAAUGCCUUAUGGAAAGUGAAAAUUUAGAUAAGCUAAGUGAAAACAUUCAUGACCAAAUUAUAAAAUGUUCAGAUGUUUUACAUACUUUUGAAUUCAGCCCUUCACCAUAUUUUAUUAACAACUUUGAUAUUGAAAUAUUCAAAGAAAAAGUGGAUAAUCUAUUGGCAUUACUUAGGCCAAUGUUAGAGAAAUCUGUAGACAUUAGAAAUGUUACAGCACUCACCAAUACUACCAGUUUGGUUAUGCCGUUCAAUGAUACUCUUACGAAUAACCUGAAUAAUAUGCAUCAUAGAAUACUACAUAGUCAACACCGAUAUUUAGCAACCACAAUGGAAGUUGAACAAUUAAAAGCUAUGGUAUCUUAUUUAGAAAAACUAAAUGUACAGUCACUUUUAAACUGUGAUGAUUUAUCUUUAACUCAAAGUAUAGCAGUAAAAUUAGACACCAAGAAAAGGCUGUGUGAUAUGCUUGAGGAUUGUACAAAGAAAUAUGCAGAUCAACACAUUAGUCGGACCCAAUUACAAUACAUGGAACAGGAAGUAGAAGUUUACGAAAAAAGUUUACUAGAACUGAAAGAUCUUGAAGACAUGGUUCAGAAACUUUUGGCACAUUAUUUUGUUCUAAAAAUAAUGUAUCGUGAGGAGACACAACAGAUUGAAGAGUAUGAACAAUAUUUUAAAGGAGUUAUAAGUUACAUAAGUAGGGACAUGGAAAGUUGUAUUAUCAGAACAGAUAAAAUGAAAGAUGUAAUUCAAAACCAUCAUGAGACUUCGUCCUCUGAAAGACUAAAGUUAUCUAAAACAAUUGUCAAGCUACUCUCUAAGAAUGAAGGAAAUUAUUCUAUCGAUAGAGCUUUUGAGCUGAUCAGUGAGUUUAACAAAGAAGUUGAACUUUUAGAAAACAAAUUAUUUACACCGGGUUUUAAAGAUUUAAAAUCUAAAGGUGGGCAAUUGAGAAGUUCUAUAAAAACGCUUCAAUCAUUUUUAAUCAGUGGUCCUACCCAUCGGGUUCUUUUACUACCAAGCGAACUUCAGCUUCUUAUUAGAAGAGUAGAGCAUCUUCUCAAGAAGGAACUAGAGUCUGUUAAGUCAUCAAUAGAAAUUAUUGCGUGUGCGAAAAAAGUUCCAUCGAAAUGGCAGAAUUAUAGAAGACAGCUGUGGAUGUAUUUCUAUGCCGAACCAAACCAGCUUAAAUUUAUUUUGCAAGAAAUACAAAAAGAAAUUGAAAAGUCUUCAAAAAAUUAAACGUGUAGCUGUUUUUCUUUCAUAUGUGAGAAUAUUAUUUUGUAUAUUAAAAAUUUAUAACAACUUGAA